CGCCAGGAGAGCCAGAGGCGGAAGCUGGGGUCCCGCCGGCUGGCGAUCGGGGGCUGCGGAUAGAGGGGGCACCCGUGCGGAGAGGAAGGGGUGGGGACCCGGGUGCCGACCUCGCCCGCAAUCGCCGGCCCCACACGUGCGCCGUGGCGCGGCCCGGGUGACAGGUUCUUUAAUGGAGCAGCCGAUCUGUCAGCAGACCUGGUUUCAUCUAAUGAUUUACAGACCCCAGCUCUGAAGCCAGUGAAACAUUCCUGCUGCCCAGGCUCUGAGUAUCGUACAUCAUCCUCACCAUGUUGGACUUUCUAGCUGAGAACAACCUCUGUGGCCAGGCGAUCCUAAGGAUUGUUUCCUGUGGCAACGCCAUCAUUGCUGAACUUUUGAGGCUUUCUGAGUUUAUUCCUGCAGUGUUCAGGUACAGAGACCGAGCCGAUCAACAGAAAUAUGGAGAUAUCAUAUUUGAUUUCAGCUAUUUUAAGGGUCCAGAAUUAUGGGAAAGCAAGCUGGAAGCUAAGCCAGAGCUACAGGAUUUAGAUGAAGAAUUUCGUGAAAACAACAUAGAAAUUGUGACCAGAUUUUAUUUAGCAUUUCAAAGUGUGCAUAAAUAUAUUGUAGACUUAAACAGAUAUCUAGAUGAUCUCAAUGAAGGUGUUUAUAUUCAGCAAACUUUAGAAACUGUGCUUCUCAAUGAAGAUGGAAAACAACUUCUAUGUGAAGCGCUGUACUUAUAUGGAGUUAUGCUGCUGGUCAUUGACCAGAAGAUUGAAGGAGAAGUCAGAGAGAGAAUGCUGGUCUCUUACUAUCGAUACAGUGCUGCUCGAUCUUCUGCUGAUUCAAAUAUGGAUGAUAUUUGUAAGCUGCUCCGAAGUACAGGUUAUUCCAGCCAACCAGGAGCCAAAAGACCACCCAACUAUCCUGAGAGUUAUUUCCAGAGAGUGCCUAUCAAUGAAGCCUUCAUCAGUAUGGUCAUUGGUCGACUGAGAUCUGAUGAUAUUUACAACCAGGUCUCCGCAUACCCUUUGCCCGAGCACCGUAGCACGGCCUUGGCUACUCAAGCUGCCAUGCUGUACGUGAUCCUCUACUUCGAACCUUCCAUUCUUCACACCCACCAAGCAAAAAUGAGAGAGAUUGUGGACAAAUACUUUCCAGAUAAUUGGGUAAUUAGUAUUUACAUGGGGAUCACGGUUAAUCUAGCAGAUGCUUGGGAACCAUAUAAAGCUGCAAAAACUGCUUUAAACAAUACCCUGGACCUUGCAAACGUCAGAGAACAGUCAAGCAGAUACGCUACUGUCAGUGAAAAAGUGCACACUCAAGUGCAACAGUUUCUGAAGGAAGGUUAUUUAAGGGAGGAGAUGGUUCUGGACAAUAUCCCAAGGCUUCUGAACUGUCUGAGAGACUGCAACGUUGCCAUCCGAUGGCUGAUGCUUCACACAGCCGACUCAGCCUGUGAUCCAAACAACAAACGUCUUCGUCAGAUCAAGGACCAGAUUCUAACAGACUCUAGGUACAAUCCCAAGAUCCUCUUUCAAUUGCUGUUGGAUACCGCCCAGUUUGAGUUUAUACUCAAAGAGAUGUUCAAGCAAAUGCUUUCAGAAAAGCAAGCCAAAUGGGAGCAUUACAAAAAGGAGGGUUCAGAGCGGAUGACAGAGCUUGCUGAUGUCUUUUCAGGAGUGAAACCCCUAACCCGAGUGGAGAAAAAUGAAAACCUGCAGGCUUGGUUCAGAGAGAUCUCAAAACAAAUCCUGUCUUUAAAUCACGAUGAUUCCACUGCUGCAGGCAGGAAAACGGUGCAGCUCAUACAAGCUUUGGAGGAGGUUCAAGAAUUUCAUCAGUUGGAAUCAAAUCUGCAAGUCUGUCAGUUUCUUGCUGAUACUCGCAAGUUUCUUCACCAAAUGAUCCGAACCAUUAACAUUAAAGAGGAGGUCCUGAUCACAAUGCAGAUCGUUGGGGACCUUUCUUUUGCUUGGCAAUUAAUUGACAGAUUCACAUCCAUCAUGCAAGAGAGCAUAAGGGUAAACCCAUCCAUGGUUACAAAACUCAGAGCUACAUUCCUGAAGCUUGCCUCUGCCCUUGAUCUUCCCCUUCUUCGAAUUAAUCAAGCAAAUAGUCCUGAUCUUCUCAGUGUGUCUCAAUAUUAUUCUGGUGAAUUGGUGUCCUAUGUGAGAAAGGUUUUGCAGAUCAUUCCAGAAAGCAUGUUUACUUCUCUCCUAAAGAUCAUAAAGCUUCAGACCCACGAUAUCAUUGAGGUGCCGACCCGCCUGGACAAAGACAAGCUGAGGGACUAUGCUCAGCUUGGCCCACGUUACGAGGUUGCCAAGCUCACUCAUGCUAUUUCCAUUUUUACUGAAGGCAUCUUAAUGAUGAAGACAACUUUGGUUGGCAUCAUCAAGGUAGAUCCAAAACAGUUACUGGAAGAUGGAAUAAGGAAGGAGCUAGUUAAACGCGUUGCUUUUGCUCUUCAUAAGGGACUGAUCUUCAACCCUCGAGCCAAGUCAAGUGAAUUGAUGCCUAAGCUGAAAGAAUUGGGGGCUACCAUGGACGGAUUCCAUCGCUCUUUUGAGUACAUACAGGACUAUGUUAACAUUUAUGGUCUGAAGAUUUGGCAGGAAGAAGUUUCUCGUAUUAUAAAUUAUAAUGUGGAACAAGAGUGUAAUAACUUCUUAAGAACAAAGAUUCAGGAUUGGCAGAGUAUGUACCAGUCUACUCAUAUUCCAAUACCAAAGUUUACCCCUGUGGACGAGUCCGUAACAUUUAUCGGUCGACUCUGCAGAGAAAUCUUGAGGAUCACAGACCCCAAAAUGACGUGUCACGUGGACCAGCUGAACACUUGGUACGAUAUGAAAACUCACCAAGAAGUAACCAGCAGCCGCCUCUUCUCAGAAAUCCAGACCACCUUGGGGACUUUUGGUCUGAACGGGUUAGACAGGCUUCUGUGCUUUAUGAUUGUCAAAGAGCUACAGAAUUUCCUCAGUAUGUUUCAGAAGAUUAUCCUGAGAGACAGAACUGUACAGGAUACUUUGAAAACUCUCAUGAAUGCUGUCAGCCCCCUAAAAAGCAUAGUAGCAAAUUCGAAUAAAAUUUAUUUUUCCGCCAUUGCCAAAACACAGAAGAUUUGGACAUCUUAUCUCGAGGCUAUCAUGAAGGUGGGGCAGAUGCAGAUUCUGAGACAACAGAUUGCCAAUGAACUCAAUUAUUCUUGUCGGUUUGACUCCAAACAUCUGGCAGCCGCUCUGGAGAAUCUCAAUAAGGCUCUCCUGGCAGAUAUUGAAGCCCACUACCAGGACCCUUCGCUUCCUUACCCCAAAGAAGACAACACGCUCUUGUAUGAGAUCACAGCCUACCUGGAGGCGGCUGGCAUCCACAACCCGCUGAAUAAGAUAUACAUCACAACAAAGCGCUUACCCUACUUCCCAGUUGUCAACUUCCUAUUUUUGAUCGCGCAGUUGCCAAAACUUCAGUACAACAAAAACCUAGGAAUGGUCUGCCGGAAGCCUGCUGACCCCGUGGACUGGCCGCCACUCGUCCUGGGACUGCUCACCCUGCUGAAGCAGUUUCACUCGCGGUACACCGAACAGUUCCUGGCACUGAUCGGCCAGUUUAUCCGCUCCACAGUGGAGCAGUGCACAAGCCAGAAGAUACCCGAAAUGCCUGCGGAUGUUGUGGGCGCCCUUCUGUUUCUGGAGGAUUAUGUUCGGUACACAAAGCUCCCUAGGAGGGUUGCUGAAGCUCACGUGCCUAAUUUCAUUUUUGAUGAAUUCAGAACAGUCCUGUAAAUUUUUUUUGACAUCUCCUUCUUUGAUGAAAGUAUUGUCCUUAAAUCUUCCCGUUACUAAAAUGAAUUUAGAAGCGAAGAAACUCAGCUGCUCAUAGAAUUGCAUUUUUUUUUCCCUUAAUUGUGGGAAACAUCAGAUAUUCUGAGUAAGAUGUAUCUCACGGCACUACUUGAUAUAAUUAAUAUUGUUUAAAUCAUGGUAUUAUAUGCAAUUUGUAUCAUGUAGAAGCAGAACACAUUUUUGUACUGCCUCUUAUAAAUGCUGAAUGUAAUUGUUACGUAUAAAUCCAUUUAGUUUUAUGUUCUAAAGAACUAUUUGUGCAAUUCCAGAUUUUCAGUAAAAUAGUAUUGCAAGUACCCAAAGUUCUCCUUCUGCCUGUAACUACAAAGUUGGGUAUUCAUCCUGUAAAAAAAAAAAAACACCUUUUCUGGAAGGUAAGACACGUGUCAGGCCGGUCCCGUGGAUACACCCACGCCAGGCUGGCAGGCGCGUGGUGAUAGCAAACACUGAGACCACACAAUCUGUGGACCAUGUACCAUGGGAAUUUCUUGGUGUCUGAGGCUCACUGUCCUCCUCCAAUCACAGAGACCCUGGGGGGUUCUCAGCAUUCCUUCUGUAGGUCUCCCCAACUUCAGCUGCUCCUUCCAUCCUUCCCUCCUUUCCUCAGUAACCUAAGCCCCACCCCGGCAGUCCGGCCUAGUUGAGGCUGAGCACAGGAUCUUAUAAAAGUGAAUUGUUGCCCAGCACGUAAGGAGUUUGGAAGUGUCGCCCACCAGGAGGCUGUUGCGGUGCAUGAGAACUUGCCAGCCAUGGCUGUCCUACAGCCACAUCUCAAAAAUAGCUUGCUGUUUUCCAUUCGUAAUCCCUUAACUGCAUGAAGUGAGAUCUUUGGUUCUCUGUGAAAAUGGCUCUCAAAGAAAGCCAGCUGCUGUUAAAUAGUCCAGAUCUAAGAAAGUGAGAUUUUUAACCAGAAGAGUGUGGGAAAAACUAGAGGGGACUUUCACAGAACCAAGCCCACCACAUGCUGCUAAAACGAGGCAAACAGGUACGUGACUGACGCCACGAGGGAUUGGCUAGUGACCAGUCUUCAACGGAGAUAACUGACAAGGUGAAAAAGAGAAAUUUUUGUUAUAAAAGCUUUUUAAGUUCUUUCAGCCCUUAUCAUCAUAAUCUGAAGUAGUUACGUAACAUUCCAGGGUAUCUGUUACUGCUCUUUCGGGGGGAGCAACUUUAGUGAUAUGCAGGGAUUUACUGAAAUUUCAUAAUACCUCUCUGAUGUCCACAAUCUCUUCACAUAUACUAAAACUCAGUGAAUUCUGAUUUCUAAGCAUUAUGCCAGAUACUACGAGUGCUUAUUUGUUCAUUCACUGUCCCUUUAAGUAAUCCUAGCCUGGCUAAGUCAUGUUAUGUAAUGGAACUUAUGAAGCCCUAACUAUGUUCCUGAACGAAGGUAUUAUUUCCAAAGAACCCAGAGGAGAACCUUAAAGUUGCCUCGCAGGAUACAUGACGAAAAU